GCCUCAAUUCAGAGGGAGUGGGGGUGGGACCAUGUCCAUGGCGUCUCUGUCCGAAAUAGAGAAUCUCAAAACCGAGAACGCGCAACUGAGGAAACUAGUGCAGCAACUGGAGGCCAGUGUGCGAGGGUCACGCGUGGAGGUUGAGGAUUUGAUACUACUCUUGGCGUUUGAGGAUGAGCAUAAUACCGCACUCUCACAGCAAAUCACAGACCUGGGCCACACCCCUGUACCCCCACCGCGCGAUUCCACUUCAGAAGAUAGUGUUCCCAAGCCAACUCCAACCCCAACGUUAAACGGGUCCGCUACCGAGGAAGCUCAGGCAUACAACACUGAUGCAAACGCUAUUCAAAGUGUGGGUUCAUAUGCAGAUGUAAACACCAGCAUGGCUAGUCAGAGUACGGGGAGUGUGAGUGGCACUUCUAGUCGCGACGAACUGCGGGGGUUGGAGGCGCCUGUGGCGGAGACGGUAUCGAAAUCACUCCCAAAUAGCAUUCCAAAUCUGUCGGAGGGUACGCGGGAUUCCGUUUCAUCGACGCAUGACACCACACAUAUGAGAACACCCUCUCUGCCCAUGACACAACCAUACUCACAACAACCCCCAUCAUCAAUGCCACAACAGAUAUAUCAGGAUCAAACACAGAUUACGGGUCCAGCUCCGCCACAGGCACAGACACAACCCACUCAACCACCACCACAAAGACAAGCACCUGGCCCUGUAUUUAAUGGACUGGACCGGUCGGAACAUAGCGGACAAAACUCGUACCAGUACGACUCAACCGCGCCGUAUAGCCAUCCACCAGCGGGCGCUACAAAUUCAACCCUAGCGCAACCCUACGGUGCAAACACAGGGGCACCUCCCAACAACGGCCAACCCACCCAGUACAGACCGCCCACUCUUUUCACUGGAUCACAAGAACAGUUUGGCUCGGGCGAGCGUCAAACCUUCAGUCUUCGUUAAUUGGCCACUAUGAGGAGUCGGCUUGUGAGUUCAUUUCAAACAGUCCGGUUCAUGCAAAGAUAGUCCAGCGAGAAAUAUUAAAUACUAAAGCGGUUUUCA